UGAGUUGAUGUUGUUGCCUUWGCAGAAACUUCUCUGGAAAGGUAUCUGCUGAAUGUACACAUAACUGUUCUAUUCUUCAGUUUUUGACCAAUUCAAAGGUUGCAUUGGUUUAAUUUGGUCAACUCAAAAUGGGAGGAGGGUUCAGAGUUUUGCAUCUUGUCAGACCAUUUCUGUCAUUUCUACCUGAAGUUCAGAGUGCUGACCGCAAAGUUCCCUUCAGAGAGAAGGUGAUAUACACUGUGAUCUCUCUUUUCAUCUUUCUAGUGUGCAGUCAGCUCCCUCUCUAUGGCAUACACUCUACAACAGGAGCAGAUCCAUUCUAUUGGAUGCGUGUCAUUCUUGCUUCAAACCGUGGGACUGUCAUGGAACUUGGCAUCACCCCAAUUGUGACAUCUGGCUUGGUGAUGCAACUUUUGGCUGGUUCAAAGAUCAUUGAAGUGGACAAUAGUGUUCGUGAAGACCGGGCCCUUUUGUCUGGGAUGUAUGGUAGCGUGAGCCAACUUGGAGUUGGUAAUGCCAUCCUCAUAAUUGUUCAACUYUGCUUUGCCGGUAUCAUUGUUAUAUGCUUAGAUGAACUUCUUCAGAAAGGAUAUGGUCUAGGAUCUGGUAUUUCUCUUUUCAUAGCAACCAAUAUUUGUGAGAACAUCAUUUGGAAGGCUUUUAGCCCCACAACUAUUAAUAGUGGUCGUGGAGCUGAAUUUGAAGGUGCUGUUAUUGCUUUGUUCCAUCUGCUGAUAACCCGGACUGAUAAAGUCCGAGCUCUUCGUGAGGCUUUCUACCGACAGAACCUUCCGAAUGUGACCAAUUUACUAGCUACAGUCUUGAUCUUCCUUAUUGUCAUCUAUUUCCAAGGGUUCCGUGUUGUCUUGCCUGUGAGGUCAAAGAAUGCUCGUGGACAGCAAGGCUCAUACCCAAUCAAGCUGUUCUACACCUCCAAUAUGCCCAUUAUUCUACAAUCUGCACUUGUGUCCAACCUUUACUUUAUUUCUCAGCUUCUGUACAGAAGGUACAGUGGAAACUUCUUCGUCAAUCUGCUAGGUAAGUGGAAGGAAUCUGAAUAUUCAGGCGGUCAAUUUAUCCCUGUUGGUGGUCUUGCCUACUACAUCACYGCACCAUCAAGCUUGGAAGAUAUGGCAGCAAAUCCUUUUCAUGCUCUAUUCUAUCUUGUGUUUAUGCUAUCAGCAUGUGCACUCUUCUCAAAAACCUGGAUUGAAGUAUCUGGAUCAUCUGCUAGAGAUGUAGCCAAGCAGUUGAAGGAACAACAAAUGGUGAUGCCCGGACAUAGAGAGUCGAAUUUGCAGAAGGAAUUGAACCGCUACAUACCCACUGCGGCUGCCUUUGGAGGCAUGUGCAUUGGUGCAUUGACAGUGCUGGCAGAUUUCAUGGGAGCAAUUGGUUCCGGAACUGGUAUUCUGCUUGCAGUCACGAUCAUCUACCAGUACUUCGAGACAUUUGAGAAGGAAAGAGCCAGUGAGCUGGGGUUCUUCGGUCUCUAAGUCCCUUCUUGCCCUACGGUUGUUUCCUUUACAAAAGAAAUGGGUGGURGUGCCAACGAGCUGCCCAACAGUUUUGGUGGGCCGAGAGAUGUAAGUAGAUCCUCCCUUUUUUAACAUCAGAAGGUUAGAGAUUGAAAUCAAGGUCGCAAGGUAGUCCAGCUGUAGGUUUCUUUCCCUUUUUGC